GCCCAGCCUUGCUCUGCACCAGAUCCCCUGCCUUUCUGCGCCCGAAUCGCCUGCACUCUGCUCCAACCAUCACUGGCAAUCAUGCCCCUGCAUGCCCGAGCCAUCAUGCCCCCCCUACGCCCCUCUGCUGCACCAGAUCCCCUGCCCUUGCUGCCCAGCCUUGCUCUGCGCCCCAAUCCCAUGCCCCUGCCUUCUGCACGCUACAGCCAUACAGAAAAAAAUCAAAAUUGGCAUCAUUGGUGAUUGACAGAACAAGCCCUUUUUUUUAUUUCAUUUUUAUUUUUAUCAUUUUGGGUGUAUAUAUAGAGCAAAAGCAGAGUAGAGGGGGGGUCGGUGGUUGGAGAGUUUUUGGAGUUUGAUUUAGGGGGGUCUUUAGGUUGAUGGUGGAGUUUUGAGUUUGAUUUUGGUGGAUUUUGGCUGUUUGAUUUUGAGGGGAUUGAUUUUUCUUUCUUGGUUGAUUCUGGGGUUCUUUGGUUUUGAGUUUUGGUGUUGACGGCAAAGAAAAGAGAGGGAUUUUAGCUAGAGGGAAAGCAGCAGCUUGAGAGGAGAUCGUUAAGCUCUUAAAGAAGUGACUGUUUUUGGAAGCUGUGUUUCUGGAUUUGUCUUUGCUUUAGGUAUUUUUCUUCAACAGAGGAGUCCUUUUUGGGGAGGCACUGAGGGGAAUGAUCUGUGCUUGAGCCCGUGGGUGGGAUCGUCCAGAUCGGACUCCGAUCUGUUACCCAGAAAACUCUGCCGUGUUUGUUUCUUUUAUCCUCUUGUUUCUGUUAUCUGCUUUCAUGAUGUUAUGUUUGUAUAUGUUUACCUGAAAAUGAAUGAGAAUCUAUGUU